AACAAUUAAAUUACAAAAAAAAACAAAAGUUUUGCAAAUUGGCAUAAGAUUUAUUUAUUUUAUAUUUUCCAUAGAAUUUUAAAGUUAUUUUUGCAACCAAAAUGAUAAUUUUUGGAGUGUAUAUAGUAAGCAAAUCUGGUGGUCUUAUCUUCAAUCUAGACAAUAAUGUGCCGCGUAUUGAAAACGAAAGAACAUUUAGCUAUCCCUUAGAUCUGGUCCUUGAUUAUGAUCCUAAGAAAGUUUCAGUUGUUUUUAAUCAAAAAGAUGGAAUAAAUGUUGGACAUGUCUUAGUAGCAAUCAAUGGAGUAGCAGCGAAUGGUGGGACUCUGGAAGAUGGGCGUGAUGUUAAGACAGUGAUAGAAGCAAAAGAGAACUACCCACUAAAUUUGAAAUUCACUCGUCCCAAAAUGACCACAAACGAGAAAAUAUUCCUAGCGAGUAUGUUCUAUCCUCUGUUCGCCAUUGCCAGUCAGCUAAGUCCAGAGCUUAAGAGUUCUGGAAUUGAGGUGCUAGAAGCCGAUACAUUUACGUUGCACUGCUUUCAAACUUUAACAGGAGUUAAAUUCAUUAUGGUAUCCGAGACAGGCCUAACUGGAAUGGACACCCUACUUAGAAAAAUCUACGAACUUUACUCAGAUUUUGUUCUGAAAAAUCCUUUCUAUUCACUCGAAAUGCCUAUAAGAUGUGAACUAUUCGAUCAAAAACUACAAAGUUUACUCGAUACAGUGGAGAAGACAGGACUAAAUAAUUUAGAUAAAUAAUAAGUUGUAUUUGUAAAAUAAUUGGGUGCAAUUUAGUUACUUUUGAUGAUUCCAAAAAACAAACACAAAUUAAAUAUAUACAUGUUAAAGAAUUA